AUUAAAUUGAAGCUGACACAAAUCACUUGGUAGCAAAAUAUAAAAUUGAAUUUGCUUAUUAUUUUGGUUUACCGAUGGACAGAACUGAAGAUGGCUCCGUGCAGAACUUGCCCGAGCAUAUGGAAGAGAUUAUUCAAAAUAUAUGUACGCGUCUUAAAGUGAUUGCUGUGGACGUGGAGCGGGUACAGAGGGCCAAAGAGCUGCUAUCGAAUUUGCAGCGCAGGAGGGCUUUCACCAAUAUGCUGGGCCUGAACUAUGACGAGAAUAGUUUCAUCAACAUUGGGGACGAUUUGAAGUUGCUAUCAUCGAGGCAUAGCGUCAGAUUAAUGUCCCAGUUCAUCUCUAAUAGCGAGGGCGAUGAACAAGUGGGCGAGGAGCUCAGUGAGGAUGUGUGUCAGAUGGCUUUUGAUGAAGAGCGCUGGGGCAACUAUUUCGAAGGCUUUGAGAUACUCGGCUCACCGGAAGGCGUGGAAGACAAUGAGAAUCGCAAGUGCAUGCUGCUCACAGCAGACCCAUGCGACAUAGACCUAACGCAGUGCUUAUUGAACGGUGUGCGCUGCUUUAUGCUGGAUCUGUUCCGUGGUCCACUGAGCGACAACCAGGCACUGAUCGUGAAGCUCCGUGAAGCUGAAAUUAAUGUCUCCAAGCAGUACGGCUUCCCAGUGGUCUCUACCAUAUUUGCCAAGCUCUCGCCGCGCUAUCAGUACACUGGCUAUAUGGAUCGUGAUGCCAGACGCGUUGAGGAGCUGAAGAAGGGCUCCAGCGUAAUAUUGACCAUCGACCGGGAAUACUCGCGCGCCUGCAACCCGCGAAUCAUUUAUGUGAAUGCCCGCUUCCUGCUCUAUGAUGUCAGACCAUUCGACAUCAUACCUAUCGGCACGGAGAUACAGAUAAUGGUGCGCCAGGUGCAUGAAGAUCACAUACUUGGCUGUGUGUGUCGCGCCGGCCAGCUAAGAUCCUAUAUGCCGGUACUGUUUCCGUCGCGUUGCGGUAAGUUUCGUGUCUCCUACGAGGAGGUUGAGGACUUGACAUUCGCCCGUGAAGUGGGCAUUAAUGUUGUAGUCUCCGAUAUACCCGGAACGGUGGAAUAUCUGAACAAUCUGGAGUCUAUUAUGAGCACCCUGGAGUGCAGUCAGCUCCGUCUUUAUACUCGCGUUGUGCUUAACGAGAUACAAGGUUGCGACGGUGAGCUGAAUUGGAUCACUGAGCGCUACGAUGGAUUUCUAGUAGAGCUGGCCGAACCAGCCACAGUCCCAGAUAUUUUACAUCUCUGUCCGAAUGCCGAAUGCGUCAUGCAACUGGCUUAUGCUGCCAAAAAGCCCAUUAUAUUUGACGGCUCUCUAAUCAACAAUCAACAUCUGCGUGUCGAUCCCGCUCAAUAUUACUAUACCUUCUAUUAUCCGGACAAGUAUCUGGUCAGGUGCUGUGAUGCGGGCAAAGAGUUCUACUUCAGCUUUCUGCAGAACGCCAUCUUCGAGAAGAUUGCACCGCAGGCGCUUUCCAAGAUGCCCUACUGCGACAGUUCGCAUACAGGCGCUGAUGGUCUUGCUCGGGCCGUUGUCAGUGCCUCCUUUGAGAUGCAGGCGGCGGCCAUCGUUGUUUGUGGUGUGACCACGCGGAUGGUGCAGAAGAUAUCCCACUUUAGGCCCCAAGCCCCAAUUUUGUUUGUGAGCCAAAUGUGCUCGGCCGAGGACUAUGUAUCCCUUUAUUUCAAUGUCACCAUGCUCACCUUUCGAACCAAUUACUUUGCCACCCACCGACUAAGCGUGUUUCGGAAGGCGGCUUUUGCUCUCGCCUUUUUGGCCUCUCGCAAAAUAGCUAAGCAAGGUAGUAAAAUUAUUUUGGUUUAUAACUUUGAGACCGGCACUACGUUUCCUGAAAAGUAUAUUAUUUACACAUUUAACAAGCUUAACUUUGUUCAGCACCUGUCUGAAACGUUGUUUCUCGCAGAGCAAGAGCAAUAAUCUAUAACUCAUCUGUAAGCGAUACAAGUAUUAAAAUUAAAUUGU